AUGGACGGUCAGUUGCCGUCAACUAUUCAAGAGGCGGAAGCGCUUGUUCUGUCCCUCUAUGAGCCUGCGCCUCCCGAUACCAUUUCCCGCAUCCAAGAAACAUUACAUCGUUUACAAAGAUCACCGUCCGGCUGGUGGAUUGCACGCGACCUUCUGGGCCAUGCCGACGAUAAAGUCAAGUUUUUUGGUGCUCUUACCCUCAUCAUCAAAUUGAAUACUGAAAGCUCCUCUUUAACCGAUAACGAUGCGUCAGAGUUGUUGCAAAAUCUCAUGGGCUGGUUUGUCAAUUCACUAGACGAUGGAUCUGGUGCUAUGGUCAUCAGGAAGUUAUCUUCAGCCUUGGUCACAUUCUUCCUCUCAUUCCCUGGCCAGUGGGAGCUUUGCAUUCGUCACCUCUGUUGUUCCCUCUCCAAGGGCGCUUCCUUGCCACUGAAAAGCAUCGAUGCAGCCAUUGAUUUACCAAGUCUACUUCAAACACUCUCCCCGCGCAAAUUUCAGGCAGCUCUUUGGUUUGCAGGAACCUUGGUUGAUGAAGCAUCCAAAGUGGAAAUGAAUUCAGCGAAGAACAUGGGUCUAUAUGACACACUGAUGCGCAACGCUCCAGACGUGUUAGCGCUGAUGUCGCAUGGUUUCGAUCGUGAUGAACCAGUCGACCUCACGAACCAAGGAAUCCGCCAAGAUUCCAUAACUUGCCUUCAGUCGUGGAUCUGGUUCUCUCAGCGAGUAUCGUCUCAUAACGACGAGCUCGUUGGCUCUCUUCGUGCCUUGAUGCAGCCUACAAUAUCAGCCUUGACGAAUGACGAUUUGUACGAUGUUUCCGUGGAACUCCUUUCUGACAUCCUGUCCAACUACUCGGGCUUCUUAACCGAAGACCACUAUGAAUCCCUAUUUUCACUCUUCGAGACCCAAUGGUCUCACGAUCGAUAUCAGCGUCUCGUUGAAGGCGACUUCGACUUCGACUCAGUUCAGUUCGGGCAACUGAUGAUCUCACUUGGUGACUCCAAGGUUCAAAGUUUAAUUCACAGUGUAGACGACCGGUCACUACGUUUUCUCGCUCGUCUACGAGGUCUACUGUCCGCACAGGGCUAUCCCGUUAGCGAAGACAAAGUAUUCGUUCCCGCCUUGGAGUUCUGGUCCACAUAUGUUGAGACUUUGACGGACUGCAUCUACUCAGAAGAGUCCCAGUCAAAGGCUUGGGUAGCCUCGGCUACCUCACAAGUACUGGAAGCUGUUUCAACCGUCUGGCGGCGAGUGGCAUAUCCGCCGCCCAGUGUCGUUGCUAGCUGGGAUUCGGCUGAUCGCUCAGGUUUCAGCGAUGCAAGAAAAGAUGUUGCAGACCUUCUUCAGUCAACUUUUACAGUAACGGGUCCACCAUUGUUGUCAACGUUCGCAAAUCUAACCAUUCAGUCUUUGUCGCCCAACUCAUGGUCUGACCUCGAGGCAGCAACAUUCUGCCUGGGAUCCCUGGCCGACUGUGUCGCUGGUGAUGCCAGGUGUGAUGAUACACUUAGAGCUGUUUUUUCUUCGCCUCUCUUUGAGCUUCUCCAGACGACACAAGAAAUAGUGCCUGGCCGUACUCGUCAGACCUGCAUAUCGCUGAUUGAACGCUAUGCUGACUAUUUUGAGCGAGAAACCCAAAGCCUUCCGGCGGCUCUGAACCUGCUCUUCUCCGUCUUGGGUGACUCUCAACUGGCUGGGCCUGCCGCCCGGUCAAUUCAGAGACUUUGCUUCUCAUCUCGAUCGAUCUUGGCAUCCGAAACAAGUGCAUUCCUUGCUCAGUAUCAGACUAUCGUCUCACGAAGUCAACUAGACUGCAUAGCGAGCGAGCGAAUCAUUGGGGCAAUUUCCGCUGUUAUACAAGCUGUUCCCGAGGAGCAAGAAAGACUUGGUCAUUUGGAGGUUCUUCUCUCAUUUGUUGAGCAUGAUGCUCGAAAGGCCAUGCAUAUGUUGUCCUUGCCUGACGCCUCACCUGAGUUGCAGGACGGACUUAAUGUUCAUCGCUGCUCAACCUUAGUCGAGCCAUUCGAGCUUCCCUUACACAUGGCCUUGAAGGUAUUGAGGUGCCUGACCAACAUUGGAAAAGGCCUGCAAGCCCCAAGCGAUCUACCAUUUGAUCUGGAGAGCGAGAACGAUCACACAUCAGUAAAUCAAGGCUCGAAACUUGGCCAAUUACAGUCCAGGAUUAUGUCCAUGAUCGUUGAACUUCAAGCCUUGUUCCCGCAAAGUGGAGAGGUGGCCGAGUGUAUCUGCAGCAUAUUAAAGACUGGGUUUUCAGAAGUAGAACCUGGCCCGUUUGUCUUUCCGUCACAACUUGUCUGCGACUACUUGGCCGAGCAAACUUUUCGUGUGCCUCGGAUUGGCUUGUUCGUAAGCACUGCCUGCUCUUUUCUCAGCUCCUUAAGAACGAGGAAACGGGGACAUGUGGAGAUUAUCAGAACGAAGCUGCUCGCGUGGGUUAUAGGUCUCCUCCAGCAAUUGUCUGAACCAGAAAAUGAUACGGAACUGGCGCAAAAUGGCAUCGAGUUUACGAAUCGCCUGAUAUCUCGGGAGCCGGCUUCGUUGUUUCAGCCCGAAUGUCUUCCCCUGGCCGAAUUUUUCUUUAUGUAUGCGUUGCAAAUAUUAGACGGGCGUGAACCCCUCCCGAAGGCAGCGGCUGCCGAUUUCUGGGCGACAUUUAUGGCCUUGAAACACGCCGAAGAGAGAGCGCAGGACACAAUAGAUCACGCCACUGCCCAUUUGGGCCCAAUGCUUGCCCAAUCUAUUGUCCGAAAUAUUGGCGGAAAUGCCUCGAGGAGCGAGCUAGAUAGACUCAGUGAGCCACUGAAAAAGAUGGUGAGCCACCAUACCAAGGCUCGCGCGUGGCUCGAGGCAGCUCUAUUCGAUGCAUCCUUUCCCAGCCGGCAGAUCUCCGAUGAGGAUAAAACAAUUUUCCUCAAGAAGAUCAUCAGCCUUAGAGGCGCAAGAGGAACGACACAGGUGGUACGGGAGUUCUGGCUGGCAGCAAGAGGAUCUAAGUUUGCCUAUGCAACUUGA